CCAAAUACCAAGCCUUGGCUCAGGUUACAACAUUGAAAUCACAGCCAGAUGACACAUCUUUGAGUUUUCAGUGUUUACAACAGAUUUCACCCAUGAUACUGCAAAAACAGAAAUAAUGGACAAGAAAAGUGCAAAUGGCUUUCCUUCCAAGGCCACAGAUAGUGGAGUACAGCGUAAACAGCUGCCAUAUUCUGUAGAGACCCCCUAUGGGUUUCACCUGGAUCUGGACUUCCUGAAGUAUGUAGAUGACAUAGAGAAAGGGAACACAAUCAAGAGGGUGCACAUCCAGCGUAAGAACAGGGGCCCAAAGUACAGCACACUGCCACGCAACUUCAGCCUUCCUGGGCAUGGCGCUCGGCCUCUAGCCAAAGACACAUGGGCCAAUACUUCCACUUUAGGGUCCAAACCCAAGUCACGCGUUACUGAAGUCCAGAAGCUUUUUGAGUUCCGAGCCAGUGAUGCCAUUAGUGGUAGCAGUAGCACCAGUGGAAGCUCCCCUGCCAGCCAGUCAAAGAUGCCAUGGAGUGGUUACCUCCCCUCACCAAAGGCAGCAGAACAGUCUCAAGUACAGACCUCAUCUGAGAAUGAACAGCCCAUGGGCCUUAAUGUUAGGCCUCACCUGUUAAGAGCCUCUAGCAUGCCUAUUAAUGUCCCACGUAGGAAAGGAUCAGAUUCAACUGAUGAGCAGAGUUCUCAAUCGCAGAACAGCUCAGCUGAGAGGCUUUUUCGACCAACGGAUGGAGUUGACAGGAGAGGCAGUGUUCCCCAGGACAGGGCCAGCUUGCAUCAACAAAUCACAGCUGCGCUGAAAAGGGUGCGUGAGUUAGAAGAGCAAGUCAGGACCAUUCCUGAGUUGAGGGCUCAAAUAUGCUCUCUUAGAACGGAGAGGGAAGAACUGCUUCAAAGAAUUCAAGAACAAAAGUCCAAGCAAAAGAGUGAGGUUCCUCAAACUGAUGCGCAAGCCAGUGUUGUUCCUCCAGUUGUAAGGGAAAAGAAAGAUGCUCCUUCCAUUCACAUGGAUACUGCAGCUGAUCAGGAAAUUGUUCAAGCAGUACAGUCCAACAAAAACACAGAACAGCAAUCAGAGGAACAAAAUCAUGUGGUGCAGGAUAUUGUAGAGCCAGUAACUGAUACAGAGUCAGAGAAGGAACAAGUACCAGCUCCAGUGUCUGUUCCAGUAAUACUCAUAGACAAAGCAGAAACUCCAACUGAUCCAGAUGAAGCAGAGGGACUUUUGCAGGAGUCUACACUUCAAGAUGAAGCAUCAAAGAGUCUUUCAGAGCAAGCAGAAAAGCAGGAUAGGUCAUUAGAGACAUUAUUAGAAGAUAAAGCAUCGACACAGUUACACGGGAUUUCAGAAUUAGAGGAAUCAGUUGCUGCAUCUGAAUUUACAUCCACUCAAGAAGAUUAUCCAACUGUUGAGGGACCAAGUGUAACUACAACUGAAGAAAAUAAAACAGCCCAACCUGCUGAACAGAAACUUCUCACUAACCUGGAGCUGGAAGCAAAACUGAAAACUUUAGAAGAGAGUCUAAGCAAGGCCAGUUGUGAAUUGGAAAAGACAAACGCCUUACUGAGAGAGCAGAUGGAUGAGAAUAGACGAAAGGAUGAGAGAAUACAGGAACUGAUUGACCAAGUGAAGGAGCAGAAACUUCAAGGUCCUAUCGAGACAGAGCCGCUGUGUGAACCAGUUGUCACGUGUGAUGCAUCAGUCAGUACAGACAGCAAAAGUGUCCUGGAGAAAGGAAUCUCAACAGAACCUCAACCAGCUGAGGGUCCCAAAGAAACAGACUCUAAAUGCUUGAGCACUCAGACAAAUAUAGUAGAAGCUCGAGACAUUGAAGUAUUAGCACAAGUCACUACAGCAGACAAAAUUGUAGGGGUAGAGAUUGUCAUGUGUGAUCAGGCAAUGGAGACUGAAGUCCAGGAUAAAGAAGGUAACAGUUGUCAGGAAAUCUCUGAAUUGCUAGAGAAGACAGAUUCUGUAAAAGACAAAGAACAAGAGAGUGAUAUCAAAGAUAGUGUGUCAAGUCAGAUUAUAGAUACCAAAGUCAGUGAAAUUGUUGUUGCAGAGAGUGAUACUGAAGAAUAUGUCAUAGUAGAAAGUGCCAUGGUUGAGACUAUGGACAGUGAAAAUGAAGUCCCUAAGCCCACAGUCCAAGAGAUCGAAUCUAAGGAGAGUCCAGUUGUUGAAAGCACAGUAACAGACAAAGCAAGAGUAGAAAGUUGUUCAGGUUUGCAAACACAGCAGGAACCAAGAGAAACACAAGGACAGGAACCCCACCUCCAGUCUCAAAGGGCAUCUGAAGCCACAGCUUCUCCUGCUGCAAUCGGUCAGGUUGUUAAUCGUAUACAGGGGCUUCUUAAUGAGCAGUGGGCCAGUUUGGGAAGUGGGGGCCAAGACGCAAAAGGAGAGAGCUCUCAGAAACCUCAUUCUUCCAAAAUAAGCUCAAUUCAAAGCCAUCUGAGAGGGUCCCUCAGUGCCCUGUCUGCCUUUUACUCACCUGUUCAGAAAGGAGGGGCUGCACGACAAUCAGGCCUCAAAUCUAUCAUGAAGAAGAAUGACUGUCCUGACAAGCAGGGCAACGGAGGAGCGAAGAAGAACUUGAAGUUUGUUGGCGUAAAUGGAGGCUAUGAGACCACCUCCAGUGAGGACUCCACUGGGGAGGAGGAUCAGGAUGAGGUUGAGGAGGUGGAUAGCUCGGAGCCUGAGGUGGAGCAGGGAGAGGAGAGUGAAACGGCCCAGGAGGAGGCUGCUGCUACUGGGGAGCAAGGUGAUGGGGUUCAGGCAGAGGUGGCAGAGGGCUCUAAGGAGCCUGAUGCUGCCCAGGCCGCCACGAGUCCCCAGGAGGAGCAGCCUGCUAGUGAGUUAGUUGAUAAGAACUUCAUGGCUGCUUGUCAUUUCCUGAAGGAUCGCACGGCUGAGGUUGCUGCCCCAAAUAAAGACAUGAGGCAGGUUCUGAUGGUCUUAUAUCAGGAGUGGUUCCGCGUGUCCAGUCAGAAGGACUCUCAGGCAGAGAUAGUCACGCUGUACCUAAGGGAGGUGGGCUACCACACUCCCACUCUGCUGCGCUAUAUAGUAAACCUGGCUGAUGGUAAUGGAAACAUGGCACUGCAUUACAGUGUGUCCCAUUCCAACUUCUCUGUGGUCAAGCUGUUACUAGACACAGAUGACAUUACUGUUCAUCUGCCAAACAGGUAUGAUUAUAAGGUGGCUCAGCAGCUACUGAGAAUUGGCAAAAUCAAUGCUCGAGCCAGCCAGCAUUGA